GCGAGUCGCUCCGAACUGUUUGAAAAAUUAUUGAAACCUAACCGCGUAAAUGAAAAACAAGACAACGUAAGCUGAUUUCACGUAUCGUUGAUAUACUUGCAUUCUAUCCACGCGAAAGGCCGAAAAUUCCUAACCUAACCUAACUUAAUCUACCUCUCAGCGCUCGGAAUUUCGUAAGAAAAGAUAGUAGAAAGCCAAUUUGUAAUAGAAAUAUGUUUAAACUGAGGCCGUCGCGACUUCGACUAGCCGCCAACAUGACAAGAACCAACUCGACGAAUCCAACCAGCAAAGUAAUAGAACACCUGAGCAAAAGGAGCCUCCUUCGAGUGUCCGGCACAGAGUCGUCCUCGUUUUUGCAAGGUCUGAUGACCAACGACAUGCGACACUUGGACGAGGGGAAAGCGAGCAUGUACACAAUGUUCCUAAACACAAAGGGGAGAGUGAUGUACGACGCGAUACUGUACCGAACGCAUGAGAGCGGCGUCUUCCUGCUUGAGUGCGACAGUCGGGUUCUGAUAUCGGUACAGAAACACCUCAAGCUCUACAGAGUUAAGCGAAAAAUAGACAUUGAUGAUCUGAGCAGCGAGAUGAAGGUCUGGGCACUUUUCGAUCCUGAGAAAGCAUCAACCGAGUCGUGGAAUACUGGCGCAAACAACACCAAGACAAUUAAGCUCGAAGGGCAGAUAUUCCCAUGCGAUUCCCUUGUUGACGUCGUUGAUACCGGUUCAAGCAAAGUCAUAGAAAACAUCAGGAUAUAUCCAGACCCGAGGUUCUCGGGUCUCGGUUUCCGCAUUUUGUCCGACCUUGGCACACAGCCCGGAGAUAUCAUCGCUCGCGUCGAUCCGGACACCGUGGAGAGUAAGGAGGAGUCCAAUCGCUACAGAUCCCUCAUUUACAAGCUGGGAAUUGGCGAGGGCUGCGACGACCUACCACCUGGCAAAGCAUUGCCUCUGGAAUCGAACUGCGACUAUUUACACGGCGUCAGUUUUCACAAGGGUUGCUACAUCGGUCAGGAAUUGACGGCAAGAACAUACCACACCGGAGUGGUCAGAAAACGAUUGAUGCCCAUUACCCUUGAAACUUCUCCUCCUGAGCCCAUACAGUAUGACCAAAGCAUUACAGAUGAGAGUGAGAAAUCAAUUGGUAAAUUGAGGGGACAUGUCGAUGAGAACGGACUUGGACUUGUCCGGAUCGCCGAGGCACUAACUGCUCAGUCUCUCAGAAUAUCUGGACUCAAGGGGAAAGCUUUAAAACCUGUCUGGUGGCCGCAGGAAGCUCCCAAGGAAAGUGCAUCGAUCGGAAAGAGCGAUUGAAAAUGAGGAAAGAAGGGCCUCCAAUGAUAAUAUUGAUGGAGCCAGUAGCUACCACAUCUGCGGAAUAUUCCGAGUUUUCCGAAGCUCAUAAGCGAGCAAACGUGGAGCCGGAAAAUACGAAGAUAGAGAAAAAUCGUGGGGAAACGUUUCAGUGUAGCUUUUGCGGAUUAGCGGAA